ACCAUGCCCUUCGUGAUCUCACAGGUACCCCUGCAUUGGUCAGAUUGGACAUAUGUAAAGAGAGACAUCGGUAUAUCUGGAUCAUCAGAACCUUGAAGGGCCAAUGAGUAUUCUCGUCAUUGAAGCAUUCUAUGGAGGCUCCCAUAAGCAGCUGGCGGACCUGCUCCAAGAAGAGCUGGAAGACUGUGUCCUUUACGCUCUUCCUGCGAAGAAGUGGCAUUGGCGGGCACGGACGGCGGCCUUGUACUUCUCUCAGAAUGUUCCCGGCAGCGAGCGUUACAGGAUCCUCUUUGCAAGCUCAGUGCUUAACCUGACCGAACUGGCUGCCCUUCGGCCUGACCUUGGGAAACUGAAAAAGAUUCUGUACUUCCACGAGAACCAAUUGGUAUAUCCUGUCAAGAAAUGUCAGGAGAGGGAUUUCCAAUAUGGAUACAACCAAAUUCUCUCAUGCCUGGUGGCUGAUGUGGUGAUAUUCAACUCGGUUUUUAAUAUGGAGUCAUUUCUCACUUCUAUUGGAAAGUUUAUGAAGCUGAUUCCUGAUCACAGACCCAAGGAUCUGGAAAGCAUCAUCAGACCCAAGUGCCAAGUUAUUUACUUUCCCAUCAGGUUUCCUGAUGUGAGCAGAUUCAUGCCCAGGCAUAAAACAACCCAUUUACAGAAGAUGCUCAGCCUUACAGGACACGGCGGUGCCGCUCCAUCCCUGGACCUUCCUCCCCAGCAGGAGCAGGGAAGUUCGGAGAAUUUACUGUGUAAUGUCGAGUCAGGGUCUGGACCUUGUGACGUGGCGCAACAAGGAAACCUGGGCAGCUCACGCAUGCAGGAGUCAUGCUCGAAAACAUGCAUCUCGUCAGAUACUUCAAGCUUUCGUCAUGGGGAAAAUAAACAAAACCUGCAUGACAUUUUGAGUGGAGCUGCUGAUGAGGAACAAAGACCACUGCACAUCGUCUGGCCUCACAGGUGGGAGCACGAUAAAGAUCCAGAGAGUUUUUUUAAGGUAUUAAUGCACCUUAAGGACUUAGGACUCAAUUUCCACGUAUCCGUCCUUGGGGAAACCUUCACAGACGUCCCAGAUAUAUUUUCAGAGUCCAAAAAGGCAUUGGGAUCAUCUGUCUUGCACUGGGGCUACCUACCCAGCAAAGAUGACUAUUUCCACGUCCUGUGCAUGGCUGAUGUUGUCAUCUCAACAGCUAAGCAUGAAUUCUUUGGAGUGGCAAUGUUGGAAGCUGUGUAUUGCGGCUGUUACCCACUUUGUCCCAAAGACUUGGUUUAUCCUGAAAUAUUUCCAGCUGAAUAUCUGUAUUCUACACCUGAACAGCUUUCAAAAAGGCUCCAGAAUUUCUGCAAGAGACCUGAUAUUAUAAGGAAACAUCUCUAUAAGGGUGAAAUGGCUCCUUUUUCCUGGGCGGCCCUACGUGGUAAAUUCAGGUCUCUGCUCGCAACAGAACCAAAGGAAGAUUUGUGACAGAUGGGGCUAAGUCACAAACUUGCAGCCUAAGGCAGAAUCUGUAGAACUUUCCAGAGUGUGCCCAUAUUUACCUGAUCAGAGAGAAAAGAAAAUCUGCAGAGGAAGCUGAGCCUGGCUGCUUGUCAUAGCUGACACAGAGCCAUCUGCCACAAACCUGUGGCGGCUUCAGAUCUCCAAUCCCUGCCACCACCCCAACUCAAAUUAAAUACAGAUUCCUAGAGACGUUAUGAUGGUUACACAUGUCCUCGGCAUCGCAUGGAGGAGACUGUUCAAAAAAAAAUAUGUGGCCUGUUGUAUAACCGCACUCAUGUAUCCCAUAUGUGGUGCCACAUUGAAUUUCCGGUUGAAUCCGUUUUUAUCCUUUGUACUGGAUGACAUGGUGCCUGAAUUCUUUCUUUUCGCCGACACGAUGGCAGCCAAACUGCAGCUUCAAACGCUCGCACUUGGCUGGGUUUCUACCUAGGUUGCCAGGUUAUCGCCGGAGCCCUCCCUGUCCUCCGAGGCCGGGCUCUGAAGGCAGGGCCCCGAUGCUGCGGGGAGCUAAUUGGGCGGCCGCCCCAGAGCUGUUUGUGGCAAAGGGCCGCUUUAGCACUUUUCUCUUAGCGAAUUAAUGACUCCCUGGCACAGGGGUUUUUAAGUGAAGGUAUUAAUAAGGGGCCUGGCAGGUAUUCCCAUGAUUCAGAGUCACAUUUGUGUUUAAUUUAUCUUAAAGAAAGUUGCAAGAUAAACAGCUGUAAUUCGAACAAACAUGGGGAAUAGUGCCCUGAGUGGGGCCACCUUGCCUAUAAAAUGUACACUGAGAUACUUGUUUUAAUUGUUUUCAUGGGUAAAAGUAGAGAAAUCAAAAUACUUCUAAAACUAGUACUUUUGAAAUAAAUAUUCCUUGAAAAUAUUUGGAUUCCACUACAAAUAUAUUUUCAAGAUAAACCACUUCUGAUUCCAAUAGUCAAGCUGCUGUAUUUGUUGAUGUAAAAGAUGUUUUGAACGGCUAGAUUGUAAAAUAAAUUUUUAAUAAAGUGCCCUCUGCCAUUUUUAAUUAG